CCAAGGUGAUGGACAUUGAGGUGCGUUUCUGAGAGGUAAAGGGAAAAUGGUGGGAUGCAAUGUGAUCAAGUAUAAAUGAAUCCAGGGAGCCUGUUGAUCUCAUAGUUAAUCACUCAGGUUACUACAAACAAACAUUCAAAAUGAAAUUCGCAGUUGUUGUCCUCGUUGCUUGCGUAGCUUACGCUAACGCCGGUCUUAUUGCCACCCCCUUGGUAGCAACCCACUCUGUGUCCCACCAUGGAUCAGUUCAAACCCAUCCAUCUCCAAUUGUCCACGCAGUUCCAGUUGUGAAAACUGUUCCUGUCGUACAUGCCGCACCUGUAGUGCCUGUUGUGAAAACUGUUGUACAUACUGCUCCAGUCGUACCAAUUGUGAAGACUGCACAUGUUGUUCACACUCCAGUACUCCUCCACUGAUGAAUUAUUGGGCCGAUUUUGAUGUAUAUAAUAUUAUUGAAUAAAUUUAGUUUUAUUAAUGGUU